AUGGCUACAGACUAUGCCAAAUCUGAAAAGCCAGACAUCGUCUUGGUGGACGACAGAGAUGCCCUCGCUGCAAACCAUGACUUGGAGAAGUCGUCUCAAGUCAGAAUUAUCGACAACUUCACAGUUCUGGGUCUGAGUGAGGAAGACGCGGCCUUUUACGAUAGCUUUACGGAGAAGCAAAGAAAGCAGAUAAUAAGAAAGGUUGAUUGGCGGUUGGUGCCAAUGCUGGCGAUUCUCUACCUGAUAUCUCAACUCGAUCGCGCAAACAUCGGCAACGCAAAGAUCGAAGGCCUGUCCGAAGAUCUUCAUCUCGUCGGAAACCAGUAUAACAUUGUCUUGGCGCUCUUCUUCAUCCCCUACAUCCUGCUCGAAGUUCCCAGCAAUGUCCUGUUGCGAAAGUUCAGGCCCUCUGUGUAUCUCGGUUCUCUCGUCACUGCCUGGGGCAUCAUCAUGACCUUGCAUGGUGUUGUCAACAAUUUCGGCGGCUUGCUUGCUGUUCGACUACUCCUCGGUGUGUUUGAAGCGGGAUUCUACCCUGGUGCCAUCUAUCUCUGUGCAUUCUGGUACAUGCCCAAAGAACUCGCGGUCCGGAUUGCAUACUUUUACUGCACCAGUGCUCUAUCUGGAGCAUUUUCUGGCCUUUUGGCUGCCGCAAUUGCUCUCAUGGAUGGUGUUGGCGGCUACGAAGGGUGGCGAUGGAUUUUCCUCCUUGAGGGAAUCGCCACCACUAUCCUCGGCAUACUCUGCUUCUUCUUCCUCGUCGAUUCCCCCGCGCUGUCUGGGAAAUGGCUCUCUCCAGAUGAGAUCAGAUUCCUUGAGCUUCAGUCCUUCGUGAAGCAAGGUGGACGCUUCUCGGUACAGAAUGCUGAGAAGAAGCUCAACUGGUUUGAGUUCAAGAUGGUUCUCACCAACUGGAGGCUCUACCUUCAGGCAUACCUCCUGUUGUGCAUUUCGGCCUGCUCGUACGGAACCAAAUUCACGCUCCCUUCCAUUGUCAAGGCCAUGGGCUUUACCAACAACACUACGGCACAGCUCAUGACUGUACCGGCCUACGUGGCAGGCGCUCUCUCAUCCAUCUUCUUUGCUUACUUGUCGGAUCGGUUUCUCUGGAGAAUGCCCUUCAUUGCCGUCCCCAUGUCGCUCAUCACCAUCGGUUACGCGGUGGUCAUGGGUUUCAACGGCAAACUCGGGGGAAGCCACACGGGGCCGGGGUACUUUGCUCUUGUGUUGACUUGCAUGGGCAUCUACCCUGUGCAUCCGUCAGUUACAAGCUGGGCUGCCAACAACUUGGCGCCGGCCAACCGUCGUGCCAUUGGUCUUGCUUUCUGCAUCUGCAUGGGAAAUAUCGGUGGCAUCAUUGGCAGUUUCAUGUAUCUCGACAACGAAGCACCUACCUAUCCCACCGGCUUUGGACUCUCUCUUGCCUUUGGUGCUUCUGGCGUCAUCGCGGCCAUCGUUCUUGAGUUGAGCUAUAUGUGGGCGAACAAGCAGAAGUCUAAAAUCCCAGAGGAAGAGGUCAGGGCGCGGUAUACGGAAGACGAGCUGCUGAGGCUGGGCGAUAAGAGCUUGCUGUUCAAGUAUUUGCUAUGA